CUUGUCUCACAGCCACGAUACAUCCACGAUGUUCCUUCAUCUGCGGUUCCAAGAUUUCUGAUCCGUCAAUGUCAGAAGUUUAUUCGUCACUCCAUGACUUAAUAGAUGAAAUUGCCAAUUUAGCCGAAGAAUUAUUAACUUUUGAAUCUUGGAUGAACAUUAAAACGGACCGAGAGUUUAUAAGAACCGCUUUACCAUCGUGGUAUUUGGAAAAGUCUCAUCGCCGACUUACAGAUGUUUUAGAAAAAACGUAUGAACCAUUGAAUGAACACGUGCAAACCGUGGGAGCAAAGUUUAGUACCGUAUUCGAUCCGAAGACACGUCAAAAUAUCGUUGCCUACGUUAAUAAGGGCCAUGAAUUUGAAGAUUGUCUCGAGGAGGUUGAAAAUUUCAAUCGAUUUAUCAGUGAAAUCAACGGAAUGUCAGGAUGUGAAUACUUUUUGAUGUGUAAACUCCGUCAAGAAGAGGCAAAGAAAAAUCUGAAAAAAUGUACGGAAGGAGCGAGGCAAUUAAUUAUAGAAGAAUUGACAAAACGACAUCGAAAGUUUAAUUUGGAUAUUUGCGAGGCUUUUGAAAACAUUCAACGCCGUGUUUUAAGUAUUCCGCUAACCACGAAGGAAUUAUUGGAAUUAGGUCAAUAUAUGUUAUAUGCGGCAUCGACAUCGCUGGAGGAACUUCGAGGAAAAAUCACUCAUUCUCUGCACAUGAUGGCUUCUUUGAUCGGAAUGACUACUAUCGACAAAGAUCAUAUAGAAUUGAAUAAUACUACGAUUCAUUGGUUGAAACGAAUAAAGCCAGUGUUCGAGUUGCAUAGUUCUAUGUUCGAGCAGAUGAAAUUCGAAUUGGAAGAACAGUUGCAGGAAAAAGUUAGAAUUUUAAAUAAUGAAGUUUUAGAGAUGUUUCCGAGAUUAGUGAUUAUGGACAGCAUGGACGAUGCGACACGAAUCCACGAAUAUAUCGAAGAUAUGCGAAAGUUCGUUCGAAGAUUGGACCGUAUGGAUGAGCAAGCGGAGUGGAUAAAUCGAGAGGAAUUGUUAUUCCAAUUACCACAAAGUACAUAUCCACGUAUCAAAGAGCUGAAAGAAAAUAUCCUGCCAUUUUAUAGUCUAAUUUCCCGAGCUUAUCGGUGGCAGCGUGAUCUUAAAUGUUGGCUCGAUGGGCCUUUUGAGUACCUUGACGCAACUGUGAUCGAGGAUAAGGUCAUCGAAUACUAUUCGGAUUUGAAGAAAAUGAGUAAAACAUUUAAGACGAAAAUUAAACUGCAUCUGGCAAUGGGAUAUCCUUACAGCUUUCAAGGUUCCGCCGAUGAUCCCGAUGAGUUGCAGCAGCCUACGCCCAUGAAAUUAUCUUAUCAGUUAAUCGAAACAAUUAAAUGGUUUAGGCAAUUCGUCCCGUUAAUACAAUGCUUCUGCAAUUCUGCACUUCGGCAACGUCACUGGGAUGAAAUAACUGAAAUCGCAGGCAUCGAUUUAACACCUAAUGCAGGUACAACUCUUCGCAAGAUUAUCGAGAUGGACUUAAUGGACGACAUGGAUAGAUACAACCUAAUAAGCGUCAGUGCAACAAAGGAGCUUGCUCUACAUGACCUUUUUACAAAGAUUAUACACGAAUGGGAUGGCGUCAUUUUCACGACAACACCGUUUAAGGACUCCGGGGCACAUAUAUUAACCCAAUUGGAUGAUAUUCAGGCGCUACUAGAAGAUCAUAUUGUAAAGGUUCAGGCCAUGCGAGGAUCAACAUUUGUAAAGCUUAUUGCCACCGACGUUAAGAUGUUUUAUGAUCUACUUCUUCGAAUCCAGCGAACAAUCAACGAAUGGACCAAAGUACAGGUGCAAUGGAUGUACUUGUUGCCGAUAUUUUCAAGCAAAGACAUCGUGGCUCAAUUACCCGAAGAAGGCACAAUGUUUUCGGAAGUCGACGGAAUUUUUCGCAGAGCAAUGUUAGGCGUAGCACGGGAUCCCCGAGUUAAAGAUACCGCUGGAUCUGUUGGGUUACUCGAAGCUAUGAUAGGAGCAAAUGAAUUGAUGGAUAAAGUCAACGAAGGUGUAUCAAAAUAUUUAGAAGAAAAACGAUUAUAUUUCCCUCGGUUCUUUUUCCUAAGUAACGACGAUAUGUUAGAAAUACUUUCUGAAACAAAGAAUCCACUUCGAGUUCAGCCACAUUUGAAAAAGUGCUUCGAGGGUAUUGCCAAGCUUGGGUUUAACGAAUUCCUUGAGAUAUUUGCAAUGUUCAGUGACGAUCAGGAAGAAGUAAAAUUUCAAGAACUUAUCUCUACGGAAGCUGCUCGAGGUUGCGUCGAACGGUGGCUCGUACAGGUGGAAGAACAGAUGAGAAAAUCGGUACGCCAUGAGGUGUUUUUGAGUUACCUCGACUACGAAGUGAACGAUCGGAUUCACUGGGUCCGAAUUUGGCCAGGAAUGGUUGUCCUGGGUGUAUCUCAAAUAUAUUGGAGCAUCGAAGUGCAAAACUGUCUUAUAACCCGCAUUGCUUCCACAAUGGAUUCGUUGUACGAAAAACUGAGGCAACAAAUCAUCGAUGUGGUCAAUUUGGUGAAAGGUCAGCUGUCUAAACAGAAUCGCACAACGCUGAAUGCUUUGAUUACCAUGGACGUCCAUGCGCUGGACGUUGUAAAAUUAUUAAUAGAUAAACAUAUACUUAACGAAACGGAUUUUGAUUGGCUUGCUCAGCUGCGAUAUUACUGGGAAGACGAUGUCCUCGUUCGAAUCAUAAACGCCACCGUUCCCUAUGCCUACGAGUAUUUAGGAAACUGUCCACGUCUCGUAAUCACUCCUCUAACCGACAGGUGUUAUCGCACUCUCAUAGGAGCGUAUUCUUUACACUUAAAUGGAGCACCGGAAGGGCCAGCUGGUACAGGAAAAACGGAAACGACAAAGGAUCUUGGCAGAGCGCUCGCGGUUCAGUGCGUAGUGUUCAAUUGUUCGGACGGAUUGGAUUAUAAGAAUAUGGGAAAGUUCUUCAAAGGUCUUGCGUCCUGUGGCGCCUGGGCCUGUUUCGACGAAUUCAAUCGGAUCGAGCUGGAAGUCCUAUCCGUGGUUGCUCAACAGAUUCUGUGCAUAGUCCAGGCUGUGCGCGGUAAAUUGGAAAAAUUGAUUUUCGAAGGGACCGAGUUAAAAUUGAACCCUGCCGUGUACGUUUGCAUUACCAUGAAUCCUGGAUACGCGGGGCGAUCCGAGUUGCCGGACAAUUUAAAAGUUCUUUUCAGAACGGUCGCCAUGAUGGUACCCGAUUAUGCGAUGAUCGGAGAAAUUUUCCUAUACUCUUCCGGAUUCAACACCGCGCGUGCGCUCGCCGUUAAAAUAGUGACGACCUAUAAACUCUGUUCGGAAGAAUUAUCAUUGCAAUCCCAUUACGAUUAUGGCAUGCGCGCAGUCAAAACUGUACUGAUAGCGGCACAAAAGCUUAAAAUGAAAUUCCCUAACGACGACGAGACGAUAGUUAUGCUUAGAGCAAUCGUCGAUGUGAACCUGCCUAAAUUUUUAGCGUACGACGUCCCACUGUUCGAAGGCAUAAUUUCGGAUUUAUUUCCUGACACCAUCCUCCCACUUCCUAAAUAUGACGUCCUUAUGGCUGCGGUUACAGAAGCGACGAGGAAAAGAAACCUUCAACCCAUGGAAGGAUUUCUCCGAAAAAUAAUUGAAACCUUUGAGAUGAUGACCGUCCGUCAUGGUUUCAUGUUGGUCGGCGCCCCUUUUGGCGGGAAAACUGCACUAUUGCGUACGUUAUCCGAUGCCCUGAUACUGAUGCACGAGUGGGGUGACGAUACCGGGACACCUAUGGAGAUGACUACCAUGAAUCCAAAAUCUAUCACCAUGGGGCAGCUCUACGGUCAAUUCGAUCCAGUCUCAUCGGAGUGGACCGACGGUAUAUGUGCCACGACAUUUCGACGUUACGCCGCCGACGAGAGCCCUAGGAGAAAGUGGAUCAUUUUUGAUGGCCCCGUCGAUGCCGUAUGGAUAGAAAAUUUAAAUACCGUAUUGGAUGAUAAUAAAAAACUCUGCCUAACUUCCGGCGAGGUGAUGCAGAUGUCGAGCACCAUGUCUAUAAUAUUCGAAGUGAUGGAUCUGUUGCAAGCAUCUCCUGCUACCGUAUCACGCUGUGGAAUGAUUUACAUUGAACCUCAAGUUCUUGGAUGGCGACCGUUCGUCAAGUCCUGGAUCAACGGGGCCGAUCCUAUUUGGAAAGAAGGCCACGAGGAUGUUUUAAACCACCUCUUUGAGUGGCUCUGCGACCCUUGCUUGGAUUUUAUUCGGAAGAGGUGUAGGGUGGUUCUCGGAGCUGGCGAAAUUAAUCGAGUGACAUCGACGUUAAAUCUCUUUGAAAUGUUCAUGGCCAAUGCGGUGGAAGAAAGUACGCAGGAUUGCGAACCGUUUAUACUCUCGUGGCUGCAGGCUGCCAUGUUAAUGUCCAUGGUUUGGGGAGCAGCCGGGACCCUCGAUUUUGAUUCGAGAUGUUCGUUUAAUGAAUAUUAUUUAAGUUUCUGGAGAAACGAACGGAAGUCUCACCCCGUACCGGAGAGUAUCAAAGAAUCCUUGAUUGCCUUACCUACCGAGGGUCUACUUCACGACAACUUUUACACGUUUAAAGCUAAAGGAGGGUGGAAGUCUUUUGCCGAUGUUUCCAAAGCGGAAAAGAUAGGAGAGGCCCGGAGCGUCGGUCAAACGUUGGUACCAACCAUCGACAGUAUCAAAUAUCAGAGCUUGAUGACGUUACAUAUUAAGUAUCGUAGGAGAUUCCUCCUGUACGGAGAAACGGGCACCGGAAAGAGCUUCUACGUACGGCACUUAAUGACGAAUAAACUGGCCGAAACGGAGUAUCUUCCGAUCUUCGUUACGUUUACGGCCAAAACAACGGCUGCGCAAAUGCAGGAGUUAGUUAUUUCCAAGCUGUUCAAAAGACGUCGCGGACAGUACGGGCCACGGGGGGGAGCCUUUUGUAUCGCUUUCAUCGACGAUGUCAAUAUGCCGGCAAAAGAAAUGUAUGGUGCACAGCCAGUAAUUGAACUCCUUCGUCAAUUUUUUGAUCACGCCCAUUGGUACGAUCUAAAGUCCCCGGAUAAACUUGAAAUCUUCGAUAUCAUGUUUUCAUGCGCAAUGGCCCCGCCGGGUGGGAGCCGUCAACGAAUAUACGACAGGUUUCUCCGUCAUUUCAAUAUGUACACAAUUUGCAAUUUCUCCGAAGAAAGUAUUUUUCGCAUUUUUACGAACACUGCACACAUCGGUCUGAGGCGGAAUAACUUCGGUACGGAGAUUUUAUCGACGGUAAACGGUUUGGUAAACGCAACCAUGGAUGUCUUUGAAAGCGCUCGCAAGGAUCUUAGACCUACGCCUACGAGGUCCCACUACUUAUUCAACUUACGGGACUUUUCCAGAGUGAUCGCAGGAUGCACGAUGAUAAAGAAGGAGUCGGUAGAAUCGAAGAGCACGUUUACUCGCCUCUGGGUACACGAGAUUUUAAGGGUAUUCGGAGAUCGUCUGAUCGACGUUGGCGAUCGAACCUGGCUACUCGAGAAAAUAAAAGAAACGGUAACGACCACGUUGAAGGAGUCGUUCGAUUCCGUCUUUGCUCGUCUACCCAAAUUUAAUGAGAAUUUAACGGUAGAAAGUAUGCAAAGUCUGAUAUUCGGAAAGUUCAUGGACACGGAAGCCCUUCCCGAGGACAGAAAGUACGAGGAGAUCGUCUCGAUGGACGAGUACAGAGAAGUGGCCGUCUCGUGCCUGGAGGAAUAUAAUCACACGCAUAAGAAUAAAGUCGAUAUGAUUUUAUUUCGUUUCGCGUUGGAACAUUUGGCUCGUAUAUGUCGGAUUCUGGUAAUUCCAAGUGGAAGCCUAUUAAUGGUGGGCGUCGGAGGAUCCGGUAGACAGUCGUUAACGCGACUCGCCUCUUCCAUGAUAGGGUACAGUUUAUUUCAGCCAGAAAUUGGAUCCGCCUACGGCCCGACGGACUGGCGGGAGGACAUAAAAAAGGUGACGAAGAGCGCCGGGGCCGUCGGAAACGAUUUGGUUUUUCUGCUUACCGAUGGCCAAAUUAGGGACGAAUCGUUUCUAGAGGAUAUAGACAGCUUGCUCAAUUCGGGAGAGGUGCCGAAUUUAUUGUCCGUAGAGGAAAAACAGGAGAUCGUAGAACUGACCCGCUUAGCGGCUCAGAAUGGAAACCGCAACUUGGAUAUUUCCGUAUUGGCCGUGCUGGCCUUUUAUCUUGAUCGUUGUAAAGAAAAAUUACACAUCAUGCUCGGCUUCAGUCCAAUUGGCGAAUCGUUCAGAAAUAGGCUUAGACUUUAUCCCAGUUUGGUUAGUUGCUGCACCAUCGAUUGGUUCGAAGUUUGGCCGGACGAUGCUUUGGAAGAAGUAGCGUUAAGAUGGAUCGCCGAAGUAAACGUGGACGAAGACACAAAAGUGAAUGCUAUAAUAGCUUCCAAGUACUUUCACGCGGGCGCAAAGGACAUUAGCUCUCGGUAUUAUCGAGAGGGAGGCAGAAAAACGUACGUCACGUCGGCCGCAUUUCUGGACCUUAUUAGGUCUUAUGCCGAUUUGAUGAGGAAGAAACAGGACGAACUUGUAUUGGCAAGAGAUAGAUACUUGGGUGGCCUGGAUAAACUGGAGUUUGCGGCACAGCAAACGUCGGAAAUAAAAUCAACGUUAACGGCUCUGCAACCGGAAUUACAAAUGUCAGCGAGAUUAACCGAAAACACUAUGCGGAAAAUAGAAAUCGAGAACGCAUCGGUCGCGGAGACAACUGCUAUGGUAAAACGGGACGAAGAGUCUGCAAACGUUCAAGCUGAAAUUACGGGAGCUCUGAAGGCGGAAUGCGAAGCCGAUUUGGCCAAAGCUCUUCCAGCCCUGGAAGAAGCUGUAGCUGCUCUGAAUACAUUGAAACCCGAGGAUAUUACUUUGGUCAAAGCCAUGAAAAACCCACCGGAAGGCGUAAAGCUCGUAAUGGCAGCAAUUUGCGUAAUGAUGAAUAUUCAGCCCGAUCGAAUCCCGGAUCCAUCAACUGGUAGAAAAAUUCUUCAUUUCUGGGGACCCAGUAAACGUCUUCUUAACGAUAUGAGAUUUUUAGAUAACUUACGUGAUUACGAUAAAGAUAACAUCCCGUCACACGUUAUACAGGUAAUAAACAAGUCGUACUUGACGAAUAAGAAUUUCGAACCUAAAAUUGUGGCAAAGGCAUCGCAAGCUGCAGAGGGGUUAUGCAAAUGGGUAAGAGCAAUAAUUCUGUACGAUAAGGUAGCAAAGGUAGUUGCUCCAAAGAAAGCCAAACUCGAAGCUGCGGAGAAGGACUUCCGGUCUAUAAUGUCGAUACUAAAUGAAAAGCGUCAAAUGUUGCUUGAACUUAAUGCCAAAUUGGCUGCUCUCAACGAACAGCUACAGGAGGCAUUAAUAAAUAAGAUAAAUUUGGAAAAUGAAGUAACACUUUGCAGAAAUAAGUUGAUUCGAGCAGAAAAACUCAUACUUGGCUUGGGAGACGAACAAGAUCGUUGGAUACUAUGUGCAGAGAAUCUCGAAAAAUCGUACGAUUGUCUUCCCGGGGACCUGUUGCUUUCAUGCGGAAUGAUCUCAUAUUUAGGACCGUUCGCGUCAAUUUAUCGUACCGAAAAUUUAGAAAAAUGGAGGAUACACGUAUUGGGUCUAAAAAUACCAUGUUCGGAAGCGUACAGUUUCGAAAAAGUACUCGGUACCGAAAUCAAAAUUAAUUCAUGGCAUAUCUACGGUCUGCCUCGUGACUCGUUUUCAACGGAAAAUGCUAUAAUAAUGGACAACUCUAGAAGAUGGAGUUUGUUCGUAGAUCCGCAAAGCCAAGCGAAUAAGUGGAUACGAGCAUUGGAGAAAGUAUCGGAAUUAGAAGUCAUCAAACUGACGGAUAAAAAUUACAUGGACGUAAUCGAACGGAGCAUCGAAUAUGGGAAACCGGUCCUUAUAGAAAAUGUUGGCGAAGAUUUGGAUGCAGCGUUGGAUCCCAUCCUAAUGAAAAACGUAUACGUAUCGGGUGGAACUUGGUUCAUUGCCCUGGGCGAAAGAACUAUCGAAUAUUCUUUACGUUUUCGAUUAUACGUUACGACGAAACUUCGGAAUCCUCACUAUCUGCCCGAAGUGUUCAAUAAGGUCACUUUAAUUAAUUUCGCCCUCAGUAUAGAAGGUUUGGAGGAUCAACUUUUGGGAAUAGUCGUAGCAAAGGAAAGGCCGGAUCUGCAAGAGAAGCGGGAAUACUUAAUAGUUCAAGGAGCGGCCAAUAAGAAGGCGUUACAACAAGUUGAAGAUAAUAUAUUAAAGACUUUAUCGGGAACGGGUGGUUCUAUUUUAGAGGACGAAGAAGCUACAGAAAUUUUAGACUCAUCGAAAAUUUUAUCCAUUGACAUUCUUAAAAAGCAAGAAGCUGCGAAAGAAACCGAAGCAAAAAUUGAGAAUUUUCGUGAAAGUUACAAACCCGUUGCCAAACACGGUUCUGCCUUGUAUUACACCCUCACGGACCUCCCUGCCAUAGAUCCUAUGUAUCAGUAUUCGUUGACCUGGUUUAUCGAUCUCUACAUAUUUUCUAUCGAAACGGCUAAUAAAAGUAGGGUUUUGGAAAGAAGAUUAAUGUUUCUGCGGGACACGUUUACGUACAACCUUUAUCAAAACGUUUGUCGUUCGCUGUUCGAGAAAGACAAGAUACUAUAUUCCUUCUUAUUGUACACAACGAUACUACUGUACAAUAAUGAAAUUCGAAAAGAUGAAAUGACCUUCUUCCUUACCGGAGGAGUGGCUUUGGAAAAUCUAAUACCGAAUCCUGCAGCAGAUUGGUUAUCGGAUGGAAUAUGGGGGGAAAUAUGCCGCACCGAAGACAUUCAAGAAUUUAAUGGAUUUAUAGAGAGUUUCAAAGAAAACUUGAGUGCUUGGAAAGAUUACUACGAUUUGCCGAAUCCACAAAAUUGUCCAAUUCCUGACCCAUGGGAAAACACACUAAAGCCAUUUGAAAAGUUAAUUGUAAUGAAGCUAAUUCGUCCAGAUAAGAUAACAACGAAGGUUAUACAAUUUGUUGAGUCAGGAAUGGGCUCGAAAUUUCUAACGAAUCAGUCUUUUGAUAUUUCAAAGUCUUAUCGUGACUCAAAUUGCCUGACACCUUUGAUAUUCAUUUUGUCACCCGGAUCCGACCCAAUGGACGCACUGAUCAACUUUGCGGGAAAUAUGGAUAUGAGUGAAAAAUUCGAUGCGAUAUCCCUUGGACAAGGUCAAGGACCAAUUGCCCGAAAGUUAAUUGAAAGAGCCCAAAAUGAAGGUAGUUGGGUGUGUCUUCAGAAUUGUCAUCUUGCCGUGUCUUGGAUGCCAGUCUUGGAACGUAUCUGCGAAAACUUCGACACCACGAAUACAUCCAUUAACUUCCGUCUUUGGUUAACCAGCUAUCCAUCGGAAAAGUUUCCCAUCGCGAUAUUACAACACAGUGUGAAAAUGACCAACGACCCCCCAACUGGUCUCCAACAAAAUUUAACGAGACUCUAUCGUUCGGAGCCAGUGAAUAAUCCCGAAUUCUUCGAAGGAUGUCCCGGAAAGGAGAAGUCAUUUACGAGACUACUGUACAGCCUUUGCUUCUUUCAUGCCGUGAUCCUGGAGAGACGAGAUUACGGUUCUCAAGGAUGGAACAUCAAAUACGGUUUCAAUGAAUCGGACUUCCAUAUAUCGGUACAACAAUUGCAGCUCUUUAUAAACGAAUACGACCAAGUACCAUUCAAAGCCAUAACAUACCUCACGGGAGAGUGUAAUUAUGGGGGUAGAGUUACCGACGACAGAGACAGAAGAUGUUUGAAUACACUUUUAGCAGAUUUUUACAAUCCAAAUGUUAUCGAACAUCCAACCUAUUCGUUUGCGGAAAUGGGCAGCGAGUACACGGUACCGAAAAGGACAGAGUAUCGGGAUUACGUCAAGCAAAUCGAAGCAAUUCCAUUAACUACGCCUCCCGAAGUUCUCGGACUUCAUAUGAAUGCGGGGAUUGCCCGCGAUCUUAACGCUUCGAAAAGUUUUUUCGACUCGAUGUUAAAGAUUCAAGGAAGCGUCACAGGAGGUGAACCGUCCAAACAAGAUGAAUUACUCCUUACGAUGAAAUCCGAUAUAUACGAAAGAUUGCCCGACUUGUUUGAUAUCGAGGAAGCGCAAAACGUGUAUCCAGCGACAUACGUGGAAUCGAUGAAUACAGUCUUGACUCAGGAAAUGGAACGUUUCAACGUUCUUCUCGCGGAAAUACGAAGUUCGCUAAGCAUGUUGGAACGAGCCAUUAAUGGUUCGAUAGUUAUGACGCCCGAGUUAGAGGUGCUUGCCUCGCACAUGAUCAAUGGGAAGAUUCCGCCUUCGUGGGUUAAGGCAAGUGCAUACCCAAGUUUGAAGCCACUGUUGAGUUUCGUAAGUGACUUUCUUCAGAGAUUAGCCUUUCUGAAAAAGUGGCUACUGGAAGGAAAACCGAAUGCCUUUUGGAUAUCUGGAUUCUCGUUCGUACACUCAUUUCUGACGGCGACGACUCAGAACUACGCCCGAAAAUAUAAAAUACCGAUAGACAUGCUUGACUUCGAUUUUAAGAUCAUGCCAAUGUAUCGAGCCAAUGAAGCUCCAGACGAUGGCGCAUACGUAUACGGUGUAUAUUUAACGGGGGCAAAAUGGAAUAUGCAAAAGAUGCUGCUCGCAGAGAGCGAUCCGAAAGUUCUUUGGGAUCUCAUGCCCAUAGUGUGGAUACUGCCUCGAAAAUCGACAUCGAUAGUUUUGGGAAAUCGAUACGAAUGCCCCGUAUACAUAACUUCGGAGCGAUAUGGAACGUUAAAGACAACCGGUCACUCUACAAAUUAUGUUCUUUGUUUUUUCCUUGAUACAGAUAUGACCGUAAGUCAUUGGAUAAAAAGGGGUCUCGCCUUGCUUUGCCAACUGGAUGACUAA